AUGCUCCUGUCCCCGGACACCUUCUGCAACCUCACGGGUCCGAACUGUUCCGACCCGCUGAACGGGACCGAGCCUCCGGAGGAUCCCGGGAACCGCACGGACCCGUUCGGGCGGAACGAGGAGGUGGCGAAGAUGGAGAUCUCCGUCCUGAGCCUGGCCUUCGUGGCGGCCGUGGUGGGGAACCUGAGCGUGCUGCUGGCCGUGUACCGAACCCGCCGGAAGCUGUCCCGGAUGCACCUGUUCAUGAAGCACCUGAGCCUGGCGGACCUGGUGGUCGCCUUCUUCCAGGUGCUGCCGCAGCUCUGCUGGGAGGUCACGUUCCGCUUCUACGGACCGGACUUCCUGUGCCGCAUCGUGAAGCACCUGCAGGUUCUGGGCAUGUUCGCCUCCACCUACAUGAUGGUGAUGAUGACUCUGGACCGGUACAUCGCCAUCUGCCACCCGCUCCAGACCCUGCAGCAGCCCGCGCGCCGCGCCCACCUGAUGAUCGGCUCCACGUGGGCCUGCAGCCUGGUCCUCAGCACCCCGCAGUACUUCAUCUUCUCCCUCAGCGAGGUCCGGCCCGGUUCGGCCGUCUACGACUGCUGGGGCCACUUCGUGGAGCCGUGGGGGCUGCGCGCCUACAUAACCUGGAUCACCGCCGGGAUCUUCCUCGUGCCCGUGCUCGUGCUCGUGCUCUGCUACGGCUUCAUCUGCCGCACCAUCUGGACGAACCUGAAGUGCAAGACCCGAAAGAAGAGCGCGGAGGCGCAGGAGUCCACCCGGACCGGGAUCCUGGGCCGGAACUCGGUCAGCAGCGUCAGCACCAUCUCACGCGCCAAAUUACGCACGGUCAAGAUGACCUUCGUGAUCGUGGUGGCCUACGUGGUCUGCUGGGCCCCGUUCUUCACCGUCCAGAUGUGGUCCGUGUGGGACCAGACCUUCUCCUGGGACGACUCUGAGAACGCCAUCGUGUCGCUCUCUGCGCUGCUGGCCAGCCUCAACAGCUGCUGCAACCCCUGGAUCUACAUGAUCUUCAGCGGACACCUGCUCUCAGACUUUGUCGGCGUCUUGCCGUGUUGCCAGCGGCUCAAGAGCAGAUUCCACCACCAGGACUCUGACAGCAGCUUCCGCCGGACCACCGUGCUGUCGCGCCUGCAGGCUCCCAGGCUUUCGGAGCCUUUCAGAGACGUUAAGAACUGUCCGCAGGCGUCGUUGGCAACAUGA